UUUUAUGUAACAAAACUUUCUCCGCCGGCCUAACUACUUCCAGUGGUCUCAACCUCUAAUCACCAUCGUUUUCGAUCUAAAUUAGCCUUAAUUAUGUGCUAAUUUUAAUAAUUAUCCAUCCAAAGUUGAUUUUUGUUAUCAGUUUGUUCGUUUUUGGUGCGUGUUUCGCUUGAUCGAUCCACUACAGGCAACGUUCAGAUCUUUAGUGAUGGCACAACCAGCUGGAAAUUCACGAUGGCUGAGAGGAAAAGUGAAGGCUGUUUUAUCUGGGGACACGUUGGUGAUUAUGGGAAUGACCAAAGCGGAAAUCCCGCCUGAGAAGACUGUUGUGUUGGCUCAUCUUUCGGCUCCAAGACUGGCACGUCGAGGUGGCCAGGAUGACCCGUUUGCAUGGGAUAGCAGAGAAUUUCUACGAAAGCUGUGCAUUGGAAAGGAUGUUGUUUUUAGAACGGAAUACACCAUCCCAAAUUUCUCUAGGGAAUUCUGCAGUGUUUUCAUCGGUACUACAAAUGUCGGAAAUGAGAUUGUUACUCAUGGCUGGGCGAAGGUUAAGGAGGUUAAGGGAGAGGUGACUCCUGAGCAUACUGAACUGUUACGCCUUGAAGAACAAGCCAGACAACAAGGCAUAGGUUUAUGGGACAGGUCCCCCGGUUCUGUUGAUGCUGCUAUCAGAAACCUCCCUCCGUCUGCUGUCGGUGAUCCCAGCAAUUUAGACGCAAUGGGCCUCUUAGCUGCAAACAAAGGCAAACCGUUGGAAGCUAUUGUAGAACAAGUUCGUGAUGGGAGCUCGCUUCGCGUUUAUCUGCUUCCGGAAUUUCAGUUUGUUCAAGUAUUUGUUGCCGGAAUCCAGGCACCAUCAAUGGGACGAAAACAAACACAAGAAUCUACAAUUGCGUCUGAUAUACCGUCUGAUGAACCAAACGGGGACAGUAAUGCGGAAUCUCGUGGGCCCUUAACAUCAGCUCAGAGAAUUACAGCGUCACCAGCCUUUAAUGAAGUUUCACCUGAUGCUUUUGGAAGGGAGGCAAAACAUUUUACCGAAAUUCGUGUGCUAAACAGAGAUGUCCGCAUUGUUCUCGAGGGUGUUGACAAGUUUAGCAAUUUGAUUGGUUCUGUGUAUUACGCUGACGGUGAAUCACCAAAAGACCUCGCAUUGGAGCUUAUUGAAAAUGGAUAUGCAAAGUAUGUCGAAUGGAGUGCGAGUAUGAUGGAAGACGAAGCCAGAAGGAAGUUAAAGGCUGCAGAACUUCAAGCAAAGAAGACUAAGUUGAGGCUUUGGACAAACUAUGUACCUCCAUCUACAAACUCAAAGGCAAUAUCCGACAAUUUCACCGGAAAGGUGGUUGAAGUUGUUAGUGGAGACUGCAUCAUCGUUGCCGAUGAUUCUCUACCGUUUGGCAGUCCAGCAGCUGAACGACGAGUCAAUCUUUCAAGUAUCAGGUGCCCUAAACUCGGAAAUCCUAGAAGAGAGGAGAAACCCGCUCCUUAUGCCCGUGAAGCAAGAGAAUUUCUAAGAACAAGAUUAAUCGGCAAUCAAGUUCAAGUUUCAAUGGAAUAUUCUAGAAAGGUCCCGCUUGCGGAUGGAUCUGCUGCUCCAGCUGGGCCGACGGAUUCACGGGUGAUGGGGUUUGGGUCCGUCUUCUUGUUGUCUCAAGGAAAGGAAAGAGAAGAUGUACCGUCAACAACCCCCGCAACAGCAGCGGGUCAACAGCCCGGUGUAAAUGUUGCUGAGCUCAUCAUUGCCCGUGGGUUAGGCACCGUCAUUAGACAUAGAGACUUCGAGGAAAGAUCAAAUUACUAUGAUAAUCUUCUCGCUGCUGAAUCUCGUGCUACUGCUGGGCGAAAAGGGAUUCAUUCCGCCAAAGAUCCACCUAGUAUGCACGUCACAGAUCUCUUGACGACCUCAGCCAAGAAAGCGAAAGAUUUCCUCCCGUUUCUGCAACGUAAUAGGAGGAUGACAGCUGUCGUCGAAUAUGUCCUCAGUGGUCAUAGGUUUAAACUAUUCGUCCCAAAAGAAACUUGCAGCAUUGCUUUCUCGUUAUCCGGUGUUAGAUGCCCAGGUCGUGACGAGCCUUACUCUAACGACGCUAUUUCACUUAUGAGACGCAAGAUCAUGCAGAGGGAUGUAGAGAUUGAAGUGGAAACAGUUGAUAGAACCGGGACCUUCUUGGGUACAUUGUGGGAAUCAAAAACGAACGUUGGGGUCAUCCUUCUAGAAGCUGGCCUUGCAAGACUUCAAACAGGGUUUGGGGCUGAUAGGAUUCCCGAUGCUCAUCUUCUCGCUCAGGCUGAGCAGUCUGCCAAAAAGCAGAAAUUAAAGAUAUGGGAAAACUAUGUAGAAGGAGAGGAAGUUUCUAACGGUGCAACUAACGAUAAAAAACAGAAAGAAGAGCUUAAGGUAGUGGUGACUGAAGUUCUCGGUGGAGGCAAGUUCUAUGUUCAGGCUGUUGAAGAUAAGAAAGUUGCGUCUAUCCAACAGCAACUUGCUUCUUUAAACCUCAAAGAAGCACCCGUGAUUGGUGCGUUUAAUCCAAAGAAGGGCGAUAUCGUCCUUGCACAGUUUAGCGCAGAUAACUCAUGGAACCGGGCAAUGGUUGUAACUGGUCCACGUGGCCCCGUUCAAUCCGCUAAAGACAAAUUCGAGGUGUUUUACAUCGAUUACGGAAAUCAAGAAACUGUUACUUACAGCCAGUUACGACCUCUGGAUGCAUCUGUAUCCUCUGCACCUGGACUGGCUCAGCUUUGCCAGCUGGCAUACUUAAAGGUGCCUACCUUGGAAGAGGAUUACGGACAGGAAGCCGCUAUGUAUUUAAGUGAAAACACACUUAGUGAGCCGAAGGCAUUCAAGGCGGUAAUUGAGGAGAGAGAUGCUUCCGGAGGAAAAGUCAAAGGUCAAGGAACUGGAAACAUUCUCUUGGUAACUUUGAUCGAUGAGGAGUCUGAUACCAGCAUUAACUCCAUCAUGCUCAAGGGAGGAGUAGCAAGGUUGGAGAAAAGGAGGAGAUGGGAGCCGAAAGACAGACAACAAAUGCUGGAUGAACUAGAAAAGUUCCAGGCAGAAGCGCGUACGAAAAGGUUGGGGAUGUGGGAAUACGGUGAUAUCGAGUCUGAUGAUGAUGAGAACCCGCUGCCUAGUGCUAAGAAAACUGGUGCUGGAAAACGUUAAGAAAAAAACCGUUGCAGCUAGUAGAGAUUAUCACAAAGGCUCUACUAAAAUCCUUUGUUUAUGGGAGAGAUGACAUGCUGCAAAGAAAAACUAAAAAGUUGAUGUUUAUGUCCUUUGGAGAUUUUGCCGUUUCUUCUUCUCUCUCUCUUUUUUUUUUUUUUUUUUUUUUUUUUGAGUAGAGGACAGUUUUGACAGUUUUCUUUGUUUUUUCUUUAUCGUCGUCUCCGUAGUCUAUAUUUAUACAGACUCUUAAUAAGGCCAGCAGUGAUGUUGUUAGGAUAAGAGUUUAACUGAGACCAUAAGCGGAUGUUUGUUUGUUUGUGAUAUAAGUUUACAUUCCGUGCUCU